UCGAAUGAGCUAUACUUGCGGAAAUUACGUCAGUGCAGCGAAUAAUAUGGCGUCUAUGUUGGCGAUGGAUGCAUUAGAUGAACACAAUUUUAUUAUCCUACAUAAAUAACGUUGAUUUAUAGACGUAGAGUGAUACCAAUGGACAGCGGAGUGGUACUGAUGAUUUAUUUUCAGAUUUGGUUCCCUUGAUUUGGGAUACACACCGGCACUCCAUGUCAGAAGAACCUCGAGCUCCCUGGUCGAAGAGGGGUUGUGUGGAGUCGCAUCGCCGAGGUUCUCUAUCCCCCUUGCAGAGCAGGGGAAACACAAGCAGAGGAAAUGUGAGCGUCCCUUCAGCGCGUUGUCAGCGAAGUCCACGACUGGCCAGGACGCUCCAAAGAGGUGAAUCACCUCAGAAAAGAACAAGUUAAUUUUUUCUCAUCGGACACAAGGGGCACUGUCCUCUGAUUGGCUCGGACACCCCCCUGUGACAUGCCCGUGGCCAAUCAGAGGUGCGUGAUGGCGGGGGACGUGGAGGUGUACCUUUCCCAGGUGCACGACGGCAGUGUGUCGUCCGGCUUCCGGGCCUUGUACGAGGAGCGUCUGCUGCUGGACGUCACGCUGCUCAUCGAGGAGCACCACUUCCAGGCGCACAAGGCCCUGCUGGCCACCCAGAGUGACUACUUCCGGGUCAUGUUCACCGCUGACAUGCGAGAGCGCGACCAGGACAAGAUCCACAUGAAGGGGCUGACGGCGGCCGGCUUCGGCCACGUGCUGCGCUUCAUGUACUAUGGCUCGUUGGAGCUGAGCAUGCCCACUGUGCAGGAGAUCCUCCAGGCCGCCAUGUAUGUGCAGCUCACAGAGGCCGUGGAGUUCUGCUGCUCAUUCUUGCUGGCCAAGAUCUGCCUGGACAACUGCGCCGAGGUCAUGCGGCUCCUGGAGGACUUCAGUGUGGGCGUGGAGGGCGUACAAGAGCAGCUGGACAACUUCCUGCUGGAUAACUUUGUGCCGCUGAUGGCGCGGCCUGACUUCCUGUCCUACCUGAGCCUGGAGAAGCUCAUGGCGUACCUGGACAGCGACAAACUGAGCCGCUUCCCUGAGAUCGAGCUGUACGAGGCCGUGCAGGCAUGGCUGCGGCAUGACCGCCGGCGCUGGAGGCACACAGACGCCAUAGUGCAGAACCUGCGCUUCAGCCUCAUGACGCCCGCCAACGUCUUUGAGAAGGUGAAGACGUCGGAGUUCUACCGUUACUCCCGUCAGCUGCGGCAAGAGGUGGACCAGGCGCUGAACUACUUCCAUGAAGUGAACGAGCAGCCACUGGCGGAGACCAAGUCCAACCGGAUCCGUUCGGUGCGGCCACAGACCGCCGUGUUCCGCGGCAUGAUCGGCCACAGCAUGGUCAACAGCAAGAUCCUGCUGCUGCACCGGCCCAAGGUGUGGUGGGAGCUGGAGGGCCCGCAGGUGCCGCUGCGGCCAGACUGCCUGGCCAUCGUCAACAACUUUGUCUUCCUGCUGGGUGGAGAGGAGCUGGGGCCCGACGGGGAGUUCCACGCAUCCUCCAAGGUGUACCGCUACGACCCACGGCAGAACUCUUGGCUGCGCAUGGCAGACAUGUCGGUGCCGCGCUCGGAGUUUGCGGUGGGCGUAAUAGGGAAGUACGUCUACGCUGUGGCGGGCCGCACGCGGGACGAGACCUUCUACUCCACCGAACGCUACGACAUCGUGGAGGACAAGUGGGAGUUUGUGGACCCGUACCCGGUCAACAAGUACGGCCACGAGGGCACGGUACUUAGCGGAAAACUCUACAUCACCGGAGGCAUCACCUCAUCCUCCACCUCCAAGCAGGUGUGUGUUUUCGACCCCAGCAGGGAGGGGGCGCCGGAGCACCGCACGCGCCGCACCCCCGUCCUCACCAGCUGCUGGGAGAACAAGUCCAAGAUGAACUACGCUCGCUGCUUCCACAAGAUGAUCGCGCACAACGGCAAGCUGUACGUAUUUGGCGGCGUGUGCGUCAUCCUGCGUGCCUCCUUCGAGUCGCAGGGCUGCCCGUCCACAGAAGUGUACAACCCGGAGACAGACGAGUGGACCAUCCUCGCGUCGAUGCCCAUCGGGCGAAGCGGCCACGGAGUGGCUGUGCUGGACAAGCAGAUUAUGGUGCUGGGCGGGCUGUGCUACAACGGCCACUACAGCGACUCUAUCCUCACGUUCGACCCCGAGGAGAACAAGUGGAAGGAGGAUGAGUAUCCCAGGAUGCCUUGCAAACUGGACGGGCUGCAGGUGUGCAGCCUGCACUUCCCAGAUUAUGUGCUGGAACACGUCAGGCGGUGCAGCUGAGACAGGGAGGACGUCCUCCCUCCCUCCUGCUUCCCUCCCUCCCUCCUUUCUAGCUACACCAUCUGUUUUCAGGACAAUGAACAGAAAACGUUUACAGGUGUGAAGAAUAAUACUACAAUACUGAUGAAGCGUUUAAUCCGUAGGCCAGUGCUUAUUUAAACAAACAAACAAACAAAAAAGGAAAACAAAAAACAACCAGUAAACACCAUACUUUUAAGUCUUAACUGACCCAAGGGAGACAGUGGUCCAGGCUGUUGGUCUAUCUCGCAAUUUUCAAAUUUAGCUUUCUCAGAAAAUGGAGAUAAAGAAAUGACAAAAAAAAUGGUUCUGGUUAAUUUAUUUGAAGCAUUACUCCGUUUAACCAACUUCCAUGUUCCCUGUCCACCACAUGAUGUCACCCCUCUCAUCCUGUUUCCUGUGACAUCAUUCUUACUUCCCAUCAUCUAGCGCUCUAUGUGUUUGGGGAAGUCAGAGGGUAUAUGUUAGAGAAGGUAUGCGUGUAUAUGCAAACAUCUGCAGGAAAGCCUAUCCCAAAGCUUCAACCAAUUCAUCCUGUCAGUACGGCCUAGUCAGUAACACUAUCCGGUGAAAAAGAAAAAAAAACACUAUCCUGUUAAUUUAUCCAUUGUAUUUCUCUGGCUGCUUUUUUGAUGUCAGCUAACGCAUUUCUGUAAAUGAUGGAAACGCUGUUGACAAGCAUUGCACUCUGAAAGUGUGUGUGUCUACACUGCAAUAACACUGGUUCUCCGCUGCUGACUGCAAGUAGGAGAGGGACUGAUCACUGGAGGGGUCUAAACUCCUUCUGCUGCCUGUAUUUAUGCUUCUUUUGUCCCCUCCUCUAUUUACUCUCGGGGUUUGGCCGUUUGCAGCGUUACACCCCAACCCCUUACCUGUUGAACGAAACCAGCUGCUGUAACCCAUGAUCCCUUCACAGUUACUGUCCCCAUGAGAUAAAGGGCUAAAGCACAUUAGCAUUUCUGCAGCCUGCCAUGUCACGUUCAGUCCAUAAUUUCUACUGACGAUUAUAAUCAGCGUAAGUGAAUUAGAGGACUCAUAUUUAUGACAUUGUGUGCGUCCGUCUGUCUCAUGAAGUCCGUUUUUUCCUCUCUUUCUUCCUGCGCCUGUCAUCCAAUGACAACGAUGUCUGGAGAUGAAUGUGUUUCACAGAGUGAUGUUCUCUUCCUCAAACACUAGUUUUCAUCAGAUCUUCCUGGUUCUGUCAGUGUCAUGUACAUAGAUAUGCCAAAAUAAUGGUCUUUGACAAAUUCUAUAUACUGUGCAGACCAAAAUGUAAUAGGCUAUUCGGGUGCGCAGCUAUUGUUAGAUUUUUAACCUUGUCACCUUUUCCCUUUGCAGGUUGAAAAAGACCAAUACUGGUAGAAAAUCACCCUGUAACUGUAUCUGAGGAGAAAAAAAAGCAAAAUCAAGUUGCUUACAUAAACAUAUUGGUAACAUAAUUAUUCACUACUAUUUGGACACUUUGUAAUUUCUUUCCAGAAAUAAAUGUUCAUAUUGUUCA